AUGGCUGAGAUCGCUGCUGUAUCUACCGCGAUAGAGAAGCCACUAAUUCGGCCCGACCUCCUUACCGAACCGACAGUCCCCGAGUAUCCCGAGGAGGGGGAUGCAGAGGAAAAGAAAACCUGGAGAGAUCGGAUGGACCUUUUUAAAAUCAAGUAUGCCCGAUGGCAAAGCGAGGCGAAAGGACUAGCCGAUGUUAACGAGUAUAUCUUGAUAUACCUAGACCCGGUACACCAUCUAGCUAUUAUACCGCUAGAGACGCCUUAUGAGAGACUGGUCUAUUUGAAAUCCCGUUUCGCCCAGACGGUCACGUACCGAGAAGAGAUCCGAAUGAAAUGGAGAUAUUUCUCUACCCAAAGACUAACGGGAGAUAUCGAGCAAUGGAUCCAGAAGUGGGACUCGAUGAGAGAAUUGACGAUUAGUCUUAGAAUCGAUGAUAGUAAUCCGAAUCGAGACUUUGUAUACGCAGUAAAGGACGUACUGCCAAUGUGGUGGCAAGCACAAUACCAGGACAUUGUCGCUGAUGGGAAGCCGGUCGAUACUCGAGUCCUUAUCGAGUCCUUCCGUGCGAUAAACAACGAUAUUGGUGUGAAGACAGUGUCGUCGAUAAACGCCCCGAAAAGCGCAUUCUCUACCUGGCAAGGUUAUUAA